AUUUUCAUUCUAACAAAAUUCCUUUUCCUUCAAAAAUAAAGAUAAAAAUAAAUUUUUUUUGUUAACCCUAGCUUAAAGCUAAAGUUUAAACUACUUACAAUAUUGCCAAAACAAUUCCAAAAUUUUCAACUUUAAUAAGGUUUUCCUUUAUUGUUAUUAUUAUUAUUAUUAUUUUGAUAUUUGAGAUUUGGGACAAAGAAAUUUCAUUGGGUCUAUGGGAUUUGUAGCGUACCUUGUCAGUGUUCCUCGGGAUCAGCAUCAGCUGCAGCACUAGCAGAGUUAAUUUUAUUAUAAAGUCUGUUGUGUUAUUUAUGAUAGAAAAAAGAAAUCGUUUUAUUUUUUCUGUCUGAAUCUGAAUAUUAAUCUGAGUAUGUUGAAAGAUUUAUAAUGAAGAGGGCAACAGGAGGAGGAGAGAUAGUACAAGUUGAAGGAGGUCAUAUUCUCCGGUCUACCGGUAGAAAAGACCGGCAUAGUAAAGUUUAUACGGCGAAAGGACCGAGAGACCGGAGGGUCCGGUUAGCUGCUCAUACAGCGAUUCAAUUUUACGAUGUUCAAGAUCGAUUGGGUUAUGACCGGCCUAGUAAGGCGGUGGAUUGGCUCAUCAAAAAGGCGAAAAAUGCUAUUGAUAAGUUAGAUGAGUUACCUCCUUGGAAUCCGAAUCAAAUUCCAGGGAGUACUAAUGAAGCUGAUGCUCUGGUGUUGGAGCAACAACCGGAGUAUCAGCUUCAGAGAGAAUUAGAAGAAAAUAACCAAAGUCAGGUUAAUAAUUCUUCUAAUUCCUACCUGAUGCAAGGCGGUGGAGGAGGAGGAGGAGAAGUACAACAACAAUCACUAGGUGAUACUAUGAAAGCAUUUUUCCCCAUGAAUUCGGGAACUUCGCUUAUGAAUUUCCAAAACUACCCACAUGAGAUAAUGCCAAGAUCUUCGUUACAAAACGAAGAUCUUGGCUUAUCUCUUCACACAACUUUUCAUAGGGCUUCAACUUCUAGUCAUCAUCAUGAUGAUGACCAUUCUACCCUUUUCUCAAAUCAAAAUUUUGAAGCAAAUUAUCCAAGAAUGGCUAGUUGGAAUUUAUUACCACAAACAUUUUUCAAUCAAAAUGCUAAUAAUGCAUUUACUCAAAGGGAACCCCUUCAGUCCAAUUUUUCACAUUUGAUUAAUCAUCAUGCUAAUUGGGAAGAAAGGCCAUUAGUGAAUGGAUUAAUUCCUAAUCAGGUAGAAAUUAGCAAUAAUAGCAGACAUUUUACAACUGAUUUUCAAGUGCCAGCUAGGAUCCAUGGUGAACAUCAUGAAUAUCAUUCCUCUGCUUCUCCUAAUGCUCAUCAUUAAAAGGUUUAUUAAGUAGUCAUCUCUGAAGAUCAAAUGUGUUAUAUUUGAUAGAGCUGGAAUAUGGUCAAAGUAAUUUCAAAGAUGUAAUUUUAUUUCUUAUCUUAAUAUUUCAAGAUUUUGUCUAUUAUGUUAUGGUGCUAAAUCCUUGUUUGAAUUUGACACAUCUUUCACCUAUUUUAUUUGAAUUGGUUGAGUAAUAUUAUUGGAUACUUGAGUUCUUUUGUAUCUUCACAAUUUUAUGCAAAGGAUAAAAUAUGCGUA